AUGUUGGACCUACGUCUUGUUAUCAUAGCAGUUACAAUUUGCGAAGCUCAUAAAAUUCUUGUAGUGAUUCCGAAAAUGGGUUACAGCCAUAUGAAAUUCUUGGGGUGUAUAGCCGAUACCCUUGUAGAUGCUGGCUAUGAUGUGGUUUCCUUACAACCUGUAAUCUUUCCUCAUGUUGACAACGGCACGAAAAAAUCGAGAUUGAUCCAGAUCGAUGUGGACGAAGAAAUGACAAAAGAGUUAGUAUCUUCAAAUCGCGAAAUUCAGCAGCAUUUAUGGACGGCGAGCGCUACUAACCCCAUUGGUGUCAUAGAAGAUUACUGGAAAACAAAGAGCUUCUUGAAAGGGAAGUCCGAAAACUUUGAUCUGGGUAUUACUGAGCUGUUCGAUUUUGCUGGCAUGGCCGUCUUUGAGGCGAUUGGUCUUAAAAAUAUAGUGGGAGCUGAUUCGCACUCAUCAUUGAUGGAAGGUACUGCUUAUGCUAUUGGAGCCCCCGUCAUCCCUAGUUUCAUGCCAGGAAGGUUGUACUUUGUUACCAUGCUAUCAGACUUUUCUAACUUUUCAUACUGA